CAUGUACCAAAUGUAACUUACCAAGGGUCUGUCUAACAAAGGUCGCGUGGUGGACGGUCGUCCAGGUUGCUAGUAAGAACGAGCACGCAGCAGAAGAGGUCUUCUUCCGUACCCUCAAUAUUUAAAGCCAUUCGCAAAAUGGCGGCAUCCUCCUCUCGCGGUGGGCGCUCAACCGCAGCCACCACAAAUACCUCCAGCACCGCACGCAAGGCCAGUGGCAGCGGUAACGGCAGCGGUGGUGGCAAGAGCAAUAAGGAGAAACCAAGGAUAGACAAGCUCCGGGCUGCCUUAGAGCAGUUUGCAGAGAUCUUAGAUGCGGCUGCCACAUCACAAAACUUCGCAUCUGCUAUACCGCAGAUCGAACCGGAACUGGCUGAGGGCUUCCGAGUGCAGUUCUUGCAAGGGCUGAAGUGUGCUAUCGCUGAAAACAACGAAACGCUCAUUGAAGAGCAUGAUCUGACGUUACGGCUCAAUGAGCUUGAUGCACUGGUGGCAGAAGCAAACGAGCGAGCCGAGUCGAGCACUUCAACCGACAGAAGCAGCAAUAAGGGCAAACACCGAGAAUCGGUAGCCGACGCUGCGAGCGCGGGCCAACAGUCAGACGCGGAUGAAGGCCUCAAAGACGUCUGGCGACCAAAUCUCGACAUUCAGACCGCCUUGCUGGCACGCUCCAAUCCGGAUCGAGCGGAUCGCAUACGAAAGCUGGAAACCGAACUGGACAAGAUUAGACAGGCGAAUCGAAAACGGCGAGACGAGCUGAGGGAUACCCGAGCGAAAGCGCUGGCGAAGCAGCAACAUGCAGCGGAUACGCUGGACUCUUUGAUGAAUUCCAUUGCAGCGUUACAGCCUAAUGCGCAGCUGGACGAAUCGAUGAAGGACUUAAAAGAGGCCAUCCUCACAGAGUUGGGGCCGAGGUCCUGAGUGAAUGAUGAACGCCCGUGAUGUCAAGUCAUUCAAGUGUACAUGUAUAAUACAAGUAGUGGAUAUUGG